AUAUCACUUAUUGGCUUAAGCCAUCGAAGUUUGGAGAAUCUCGUUUCUCGAACAACAAGGGAGGUGUAAUGGAAGAGGGGGAUAAUAAGGAGAAAAUUGUAAAGAUAGCAUCGGCCGAAGAAGACGCUGAUGAGGAGGAAGAUUGCUAUGAGAUCGAUCCCAUCGACUUUGCCCGCAAGCUAACCAUCAAUGAUUCUGAUGAUGAUAUAGCAAUCGUUGCGGAGAAGGGACCCGUAGCUCUGAAGGAUUUCCCACAUCCGAGGCAUCUGUGUGGAAACUUCCCCUUCCAAAGCACCUCCCAUGAGAGCUACUGCGACAAGUGCUUCUGUUAUGUAUGUGAAACAUCUGCCCCUUGUCAGAACUGGAGGGGAACCGAUGGGCAUUGCCACGUCACCAAGAAGCAUGAAGAAUUACAAGAACUUGGAGCCUCCGUCAAAGCUGGCUCCUCCGAUGUGAAAGAAGAACGAAGCUAAUGUUUCAUAUUCUUAAUUUCGUAUGCUUCUGAAUGCAUUCUUCUAUUGUAUGUUCAUAAAACCAUGACAACAGCUUAAAUGAUUAUAUUUGAGACUUUUAGUA